UAUAAAUUCACUAAAGUUUGGAAAGAAGAUAAAUAUAUAUAAAUAUUCAAUGAUAAAGAAUAAGUUUGAGUUGGUAGUUAAAAAUAUCAAAUAAAAAACAAACGGGCCAAAGAUAUAAAAAAGAUUUCAAGAAAAAUUAAAAGUUAUCUUUUAAUUGCUUAAUUAUUUAAUUAUUUACCUACCUCCUCCUGUUCGACAACAUUUUCGACACAAUUGGUAGAAAUAUGUUCAUAAUCAAACUUGGCGCUUUGCACCUGCGAUUGCUUGUUAUCUAAUGUCCUUCGCCUUCGACGAACUAUCAUUGCACAAAUUUGCUAUUCGAAACAGCCGUUGUACUAUACCUAUAUCGUAUUUUUAUUUUCUUAAUUGCUAUUAUUUCGAAAAAAUCAAGAGAGUCGUUACUGAGCCACUACUUGAUGUCUAAUGUCGACCCACGUCAUCAAUCGAGGAAUAGAUUGGACAUAUAAAUUUCUGCUUAUAAAAAUUUCAAUUUCCGUAAAAGUGAUAUCCCAAUUUCUUUAUUAUUAAGUAGAGGUAGUGUUAAACAUUACGAUAAAAUAUUAAAGACAUAGAAUUGAUAUAAGUGACCAUCAGGCUUAAGGUAUACGAUGUGAUAUACAUGUAAGAUAACGGUACUAUCUCCGACAUUCCCUUUGGAAAUCCUUUCUCCGUAUCGUAUGGUAGUUUUGUACAGUAUAUACAUAUACGUCAUUUUAUUUAUAAGGAACGAAAGUUUCUUUGAAAUUUAAAAAAAUUGUGAAUGAUUUCAAAACUGUUUAAUAUAUGAUAUUCAAUAUUUUAUAUCAUCUGAUUGAGACAUGGACAAUGAUAAAAUUUGUUGUCCCAUCUGUUCUAAAGAAUUUUCCUCUGUAAUAAUAGAGAAUCAUGUUAGUAAAUGUUUAUUCCUAAAUGAAUCAGCAAGCAAAGAAUCUUCAUCAUCCUUUAAAGAUGGAAGUCCUGCAAGGAAGUAUAUGAAAUUAAGCGAUACCAAAGUAAAAAAGGACGAUGUAGGAUUAGUAAAAAAUACAACUAAAAUGGUAUCAUCAGUAAUGAAUAUAGAUUCUCAAAGUCCAAAGACAUCAAUUAAUAUUAAUACAGAUAAAAAAAUUACAAAGUUAUUUGGGAACGAUCAUAUACCUCUUGCUGAACGUAUGAGACCUACAACACUUUCAGGGUAUGUUGGUCAAUUGCAUGCUCUUGGACCAUCUACUGUUUUAUAUCAAUUGUUAAAUAAGUCUGAAAUACCAAAUAUAAUUUUAUGGGGUCCACCUGGUUGUGGAAAGACGUCUUUGGCAAAUGUUAUAGCUUACAUAUGUAAGAAUAAGUCAAAUGGUAAAAUGAGAUAUGUUAAGUUAUCUGCAGCAAUGGCUGGUGUAAAUGAAGUAAAAGAAGUAAUCACUAUUGCUUCUAAUGAGUUAAAAUUUAACAGACGUACAGUGGUUUUCAUGGAUGAAAUACAUCGUUUUAAUAAAAUUCAGCAAGAUGUAUUUUUACCACAUGUUGAAUCUGGUAUCAUUACACUAAUUGGUGCAACAACAGAAAAUCCUUCUUUCAGCUUAAAUUCCGCACUUUUGAGUCGUUGUAGAGUCAUUGUUUUGGAGAAAUUGAACACAUCUAAUUUAAUGUCUAUAUUAAAUCGAGCAGUGUCUUCACUAGAGGGAACAGUAUAUAGCUCAAAUAAGAAAUUGGAAAGUGCAAAUCAAAUACCAAAAUUUAUUAUAGAUGAACCGAGCAUAGAAUGGCUGGCAGAAACUUGUGAUGGUGACGCGCGUAUAGCAUUAAGUGGACUAGAAUUAGCAGUUCAAUGUAAAAUACAGAGCAAUGAAGAAUUUUUACAAAAUGGUCCUGUGACCAUAACAUUAGCUAACAUUAAAGAAGGCCUUAAGAAAACUCAUAUGUUAUAUGACAAGAGAGGUGACCAACAUUAUGAUAUGAUUUCAGCUCUACAUAAAUCUGUUAGAGCAAGUGAUGAAAAUGCGUCUCUUUAUUGGUUAACAAGAAUGAUAUUAGGUGGUGAAGAUCCAGUUUACAUUGCACGAAGAUUAGUUAGAAUGGCAUGCGAAGAUAUUGGGUUAGAAGAUCCAAAAGCACUUGGAAUUGCUAUACAUACAAUGCAUGGUUGCAAGAUGAUAGGAAUGCCUGAAUGUGAUGUCCUUUUAGCACAGUGUACAACAUAUUUAGCAAGAGCACCAAAGUCUAGAUUAAUGGAAGAUGCACUCAGAGCUGCUCAAAGAGUAAUAGCUGAACAUAAAGGACCUCAGCCUGGAGUACCUUUAUAUUUAAGAAAUGCUCCAACAAAGCUUAUGAAGAAUCUAGGAUAUAGCAAAGGUUACAAUAUGAAACAUAAAGAUGAAUCAGGAAUGAAUUAUUUACCAGAAGGAUUAGAAAAUGUAAACUUCUUUGAUUACCAUAAGAAUUAUAUGACAUAAGUAUAAACUUGAAUAAAAUUGAAUGAAAGAUUGGUUACAAUAUAUUUAUAAUAUUGAAGAGUACAGAAUAAUAAUAUUGCAUACAUAUUAAUUAUCGAGAUACAGAUUUAAGUAAGAAAACUAUGCUAGUUAUCAAAAUGCAAAUCUAAUAGUUUUAAUAUACAUUUUGUAGUCGAAGCAAAAUUAUGCAGAAUUUCAAUAAAAACAGGAAGACAGUGCAAGCUUAA